AUGGGCGCAUCAAAGGGGUUGGUGACUUUAGUCUUGCUGUAUAUUUGCACACAGGCUGCAGCGCUAACAGUGUCCGUGUUGGCGACCACGUCCAAAAGUAAGACUCUGCGAUGGACCAGGCAUCCCGGAGCCGGCUCAUACCUGGUCACCGUGCGGGAAAAGUCCUCAUCAGCUGUGACUGCUUUUGUCCAAUUCGGGGCCAACACCGUGAUGGGCACCGUCGCCCCUCUGGCCCCCAACACGGUGUAUGACUUCACGGUAGAAGCUUUGGAUGGUGACCAACUGAGGCUGGAUGUGGCAGUUGUUGAGUCGUUAACAGCACCUCCACUAAUGGACCCCAUCCAAAAAGUGAAGCCAAUGGACAGCGAGACCCUAAUAGUGGAGUUUAACUCGGUCACUGGAGCCACUCAUUACAUCGUACGGGUCCAAAACGCCGAUGGUUUUUACAGAGAAGACACGGUUUAUUCCUCCCCGGCUGAGAUUGCUUCCCUCGCAGCGUACACUGAGUACACGCUGAGCAUCAUGGCGGGGAAUAGUGGAGGUCGCAGCCAGCCAUCCCUUUCUGUGACUGGAAAGACGGUUUUGCCGCCUCUUCAGCUCUCUGCCUCGUCUCCCAGUAACGACAGUAUCGUGGUAUCCUGGGACCCGGUCGACGAUGCUCUCCAGUACACCUUGAGCGUGUACGAGGUCGGCUCCAACAACACUAUAACACAGAACACCACCAGCACGGAUCUGACAAUCUCGGGACUGGACGCUGGCUCUCUCUACAUGAUCAUGGGCUAUGGUUGGGACCCUGAACAGAGGAAGGGAGAGGGGAGUUAUUACAUCAACCAAACGACACGGCCUCCAAUGCCUGUUUCCAUCAAUGUCUCCGUGGUGAUGGCUGAUGACUUGGCUGGACUGUCCGUCUCCUGGGAAUUGGAUCAGCUGGUUUACGGGCACAUUGAGUACCACGUGAUCAGUGAUCAGAACCGUACAUGUAACUCCACAUCAAGUCUCUGCAUCCUCUCACCGGUGGGUUGUGGAGAGAUGCACACCAUCCAGGUGACUGCCUCCAAUGAGGCUGGGCCCGGUCAUCCAUCCAUGCCAUUUGACUUCGUCACCUUUCCCUGCCCACCUGAGUCCUUAGCUGUGGACGAGUCGGUGGAAGCAAACUGCACUCUGUCUUGGGAUACGGCACCUUACGCCGACAGCUACAUGGCAUACAUAAAGAGAGGUGACGGCAUGGAGGAGACGUGCAACACCACCAGCAACAACUGCACAUACCACUGCCAAUGUGGCUACACACACCUGGUGUCGGUCUUCGCCUUCAACGACGCCGGCUCCAGUCCUCAAGGACCGGUUAUCAACUACACCACAUUGCCGUGUUGUCCGGAGGGUGUGGCCGUCACCCUGGUGAGCACGGAGACUCUGGAGAUCACAUGGUCGGCGUCACUGGGGGCGGAGCUGUAUGAGACCCGGGCAGCGGACGGUUCAGAGGUCAUCCUGUGCAAUGACACGGCGCCGGUCUGCGCCCUUUCUGACCUGGGUUGUGACAGUCCCUACAGUGUGGUGGUGACCCCCUGCAAUGAUGUCAGCGGGUGUAAUCGUGCAUGCGGCGCUCACACCAGAGACACAGCUCCCUGCAUGCCCACAAACAUGCAGCUCAGUCAGAAAAACUCUUCCUGUGUCACGGUGAGCUGGACGGAAAACAACCGUGCCGCCACCUACAGUGUGAGCGCAGUGGGAGCGGAAGACACACACACCUGCAUCUCCAGUGGAAGCAGCUGUGACCUCACAGGUCUUCCUUGUGGCUCCAUCUAUGAUGUCACCACCAUAGCCACCAGCGCUGCCGGACAGAGUUUACCCAGCUACUCGGAAACCUUAGAAACAGAACCCUGUUGUCCAGUCAGCCUCACAGUGGACCAGGCCACUCAAGCCAUGACCAACCUCUCAUGGUCUCACGCUCAAGGUGCUUACUCCUUCAUGGCCUCCUUGACGUCACCGCGGGGUCACGCCAGAUGCCACACUCAGGACCACCACUGCCUCAUGGGAUGCAUCACCUGUGGCACCAACUACACCGUCACCAUGGAGGUUCACAGCCACAGCGGGCGCAGUGCCAACUGCACCUACCAGGGCUUCUCAUCCAGUGCGUGUUGCCCGUCAGGCAUCAAGCUUUACAGGACGGCCGAGAACUCGCUGCGGCUGCACUGGCGCACGGCCGGCGGCGGCACGCGUUACACGGCUGAGAUGUUCGGCAGCAGCAACUACACCUGCACCACAUCUGCAGGAGAGAGCGGCUGCGAAGUCGCCAACGUCCAAUGUGGGGAAGUGUAUCACGUAAUAGUGUCCCCGCUCACCGCAGACGGCAGUAAAGUCUCAUUCUGUCCUCAGAGGAUCUACUCAGUCACGUGCAUAGGAAGUGACGUCGGCACAGUGAUUUACAGAAGAAAGAGAAGUGUGGCUGAGCGGACUUUUGUAGCUGGGAGGCCACUGUCAAGUCGUUCCAUUUCAGUCACCUGGACCAAGGUUGCCUCGGCGGACCACUACUACCUGCAGGUCUCCUCCCAGGACGGCAGCCAAAUGUUUAACCUGACCUUCACCGAGACGUCGGCGGUGGUGGCGGACUUGACCCCCUCCACCAACUACGACUGCUUCGUCUACACCGUCAACCAUGCAGGCGUGGGCCGCCGGAGCAAAGUGAGGACCGUCACUACGUUGAUGCAGCCUCCAGUGGGUGUCACCGCCACGCAGACUGGCCUGGACACAGCGAGGGUGACGUGGCAGCCAGUGGAGGAUGUCCUCGUGUACCGCGUGGAGGUCCAGAACGCUGAUGAACCAGGCGGCGAACCAACUGUGUACAACGUUACUGACACCCGCCUCGACGUGGAUAGCAUCAUGCCAUGUUCCACGUAUAAAAUAUCAGUGUCCUCAUUCAACAACUUCCUGGUGCCGAGCGAGCCCACGGUCUACACAUACACCACCAACAAGUUGACUCCGGUGUCAGCAGUAUCAGUGGACUACAGCUGCACCUCUCAGUCCGUUAUGGUGCACUGGACCGGCGUGUUCGGAGCAGACUCCUACAGGGCCACGGCAAUGGACCAGAAUGGCACGCUGAUGACGUGCACCAGCCAGAGUACCAGCUGUCACAUCGGUGGACUUAGCUGCGACCAGACCUUCAAGGUUCACGUCACACCUAUUUCUGAGAACUGUGAGAACAUGGCCAAUACCACCUGGGCCACCUUUGAGACAGUCCCCUGUGGCCCCAAGAACUUGGAGUUGUUGCACGAUUGUUCCAGCCAAGUCAUCAUCUUUUCCUGGGAACAUACAAACAACACCGAGCACUACACGGCCAGGGCUGUAGACUCCGAGGGUGUGAUUCAAGAGUGUCUCACUGUAGACAACUCAUGCUAUUUCACAAAUACUUUGUGUGGGCGACAAUACUUCUUCACCGUCGACUCCAUCUCUGGGCAUUGCAAAAGUCAGACCAGCUCGACAGUUGAUAUUCGCACAGAACCCUGUAUACCCCAAAAUCUGCAAACAUCUGCCGACUGCAACUCCAACCUUCUGGUCAGCACGUGGGAUCUCGCCGAGGGUGCACUACGUUACACGGUGGAUGCUUUUGGCAAUAAGGGAAAGAGCCACUACAACUGCAGCACAUUGUCCAAUAGCUGUGCCAUGGAGGGUGUUCACUGUGGAGAGUAUUUGACCAUCUUCAUCACAGCUUUUGAUGACAAAUGUGCCAGUCCAAGGAAACUUGGCCCCGUUGCUGAGACAGCGGUCAAGGAAUGCGGAGCCGACUCCAUCACAGUCUCCUGGGCAGUGACAGGCAGCACGCUUUUCUACAUCGCCAUGGCGAGGGACAGCGACGGCGUUGUUCACAGCUGCAACACAAUGGGCUUAACCUGCACGUUCGUUGGCUUGAAGUGCAGCACCUUUUACACAGCACACGUCAUUGGCUCCAACUUCAUGUGCAACAGCAGCCAGAGUGAGGCGGUCACCAUAGAAACAGAUAACGUCACUGCCUCUUUGGACUGUACUGCAAAUGAGGCUGUGAUUUCAUGGCACGGUCAACCCGAAAUUAACUCGUUCACCGCCAGUAUAGUAGAUGAAGAUGAUCGACUUUUGAGCUGCAGUUCCACUACAACCAGUUGCAGGGUACCAAACCUGAAAUGUGGCCGACUCUACACUGUCACGGUCUGCCACCAUGAUAGCAUCUGCCCCAGCAUGCCCUCUCAACCCAUCUACAUGGAUUCUGCCCCCUGCGCCCCACAAAACCUGACUGCGGUACCAGCUUGUGAGGAGAACGGCGCCAUGGUGACGUGGGCCCACUCCCACGUGGCCACGUCGUACCAGCUGACCGCCGCAGGGACAGACGGACACGUGGCGAACUGCAACGGCUCCGUCAAUAACUGCACCCUCGCCGAUCUGCACUGUGGCCAGCCCUACAGUUUGAGCCUCACCGCCAGGGGAGAGAACUGCACCAGUGAACCUACCACUACAUCCUUCACAGCAGUGCCCUGUGCUCCUUCUGGCCUUGCGGUGGAUUAUAAAUGUGAGAAUAACGCUGCCGUUCUUACGUGGACCCCCGCCGAGGGAGCUACGGCGUAUCAUGCCUGCGCCAAAUCUACGUCUGGAGAGGUUCUCUCCUGUGACAGCGCCAACGCCUCCUGCGCUAUCGAGGGCCUGCGAUGUGGGGACACGUACAACUUCUCAGUCGAGGCCUCGGACGGCUACUGCAACAGUUCCUACGGUGCGCCUGUGGAGAACGGAGCAGCUCCAUGCGCUCCCACGGCUCUGGAUGUUGGGAUGCAGAGAGUAGAGCAGAACCACUGGCUCAUGUCCUCGUGGGAAACGGUCGACUGUCCCGAUGUGGAGUACUUGGUGGAAAUAUCAGGUCGAAUCCAAGACAACCCACAGGCCCUGAUGAGUGUCUCUUCUUAUUGGCGAUCCGUACCCUACUUUGAGACCAGGAUGCCUUGCAGCACACCGUAUAAUCUCACGGUACGCUCCAGAAACUCAGCGGGAGCCAGUGAGCCAUCUGUCGCCUCCAUGGGAGUCACAGUCCCGUGUGCUCCAAACAAUGUUCAAUACAGCGGGAGCACUCAGUCUGCUACACUCUCCUGGGACGCGUCAGUGCUCGCCACAGGUUACAGCGUCUACGAUGUCUCGGGGGAAGGCCGCGUUGAGCUUUGUAGCACCGUCGGCCUCUCUUGCCAGCUGGCCAACUUCAGUCUCGAUUACAUGGAGGUGAUUGCCAGCAAUGCUGUCGGAGAGAGCAUCCCGAGUGGAAACGUUACGGGUCCAGUAGAAUCUCGCAGGAAAAGAGAUUUGCGGGCUUCUCAGGUCCAUUCCACCUUUGACAAAGAUCUGGAAGUACCAAAGCUGCUUAAUGUCACGGUGAAAGGAGCAUGGCUGCAUGUAAGGUGGGCAAGGGUCAACAAUGCGAGUGAGUACACGCUGGUCAUUGUGGAGGAACAGAGACAGCAGGCGGACGAUUACCAACCCAGAGUAAGAAUUGUGGAAGGAGACUUUUACACUGAGAGCGCCCUCAAGCCUUGGACCACCUACUGUGUCAGACUGGCGGCCAGAAGCCCCAUGGGCCAAAGCGACUACUGCAGGCCUAAGUGCAAAACUACUGGUGACUCCAAGUGAAGCACAGUCACUUAACAGGACACUGGACUGCACAGACCGUCCAUCAUGUUAGAUAGUGUUUGCACUUAAAUUAUC